UGUUUCAGGGGUCCAUUGUAAUAGUAUAGUACCGCCUUCAUGGAUAGUAAAGUUGCCUAAGAAAGGAAAUUUCAAGUCCAGUUUACGAAAAUCGCCGAAGAAACGAACUAGCGUGAAGAAAAAUAAACAUAAGGACAAAGAACAUCGAAUUUUCGCAAUAAAGCCAAUCCCCUCAACGAACGUUUCUCCAGUGAUAGUGUUCAUCAAUCCAAAAUCCGGAGGUAAUCAGGGUCUCAAGCUGCUCCAGAAGUUCCAGUGGCUGCUUAACCCGAGACAGGUGUUCGAUCUGACGCAAGGAGGUCCGCGGAUGGGUUUGGAGCUGUUCAAGAAAGUGCCUAAUUUGAGAGUAUUGGCCUGUGGUGGGGACGGUACUGUAGGAUGGGUGUUAAGUGUGAUAGAUCAGAUCGGGAUAUCUCCUGCUCCUGCUGUCGGAGUUUUACCGUUGGGUACGGGGAACGACUUGGCGAGAGCUCUUGGAUGGGGAGGGGGCUAUACCGAUGAACCAAUCUCGAAGAUAUUAUCGAAUAUAAGCCAAAGUGAUAUUGUGAACUUGGAUAGGUGGUCGCUGGACGUGGAAAAGAACAAAGACGCUCCGCCGCCGGCAUCGAACGAACCCGUCGGCAAGGAAAGUCUCCCCCUUAAUGUCGUCAACAACUACUACUCGCUGGGGGUCGAUGCUCAUAUCGCAUUGGAGUUCCACGAAGCCAGAGAGGCCCACCCGGAAAAGUUCAACUCUAGGUUAAGGAACAAAAUGUUUUACGGUCAAAUGGGAGGAAAGGAUCUCUUGAAAAGAAAAUGGAAAGAUCUGGCUGACUUCGUGAUCUUAGAGUGCGAUGGGCAAAAUAUUACGCAGAAAUUGAAGGAAUUGAGGGUCCAUGCAAUAGUUUUUCUUAAUAUCUCUAGCCAAGUUAGAAAAGGAGCAUAUUACCUUGGGAAAGUAUCACUACAGGAGCAAUGCGAGCAAUUCGAGGCAAUAAUGUUAGAAGCCUCUGAGGUUUCCAGAGCAACAACUAACCUAUUCACGGAGAAAGCUAAGCUACCUGAGGAAAAGAAUGCAAACGUUUAA